UCGGUCAGUCUGCGUUGGCGUCGCGACGUCUUCACCACUCUGGAAGCUUAUUUUGCGCAGUCGUUCAGUUCCAGUUCUCUCAUCGUUUUCAGUUGAGUGAGGUGUGAUAUCUGCGGUUGUUGACCUACAUUUGUCCGAAAUGUUGCGAAGUUUAGUUGCGUACAAGCCCGGUUGUUCUGUGGCGUUCGCUGGACCGGCUGCCGUUCGUUGGCGUAGCGUCCAGGCGCAGCCGGCAUCCGAUGUCGAUCCGGAGUGGGCCAACGCCCUGCCGUACGAGAAGAUCCCACAGCCUGGAGUGCUGAAGAUGCUCAGGGGAUUCGCACCCGGAGGUCGCUACUACGAUGUCAACAUUAUGGAGCUUCAUCGGCGUUUUCGCGCGGACUACGGAAACUUGGUGAUCUUUCCGGGGGCUUUCGGACGGAAGGAUACGGUGGUAAGUUACAGUCCGGAUGACUACCAGAAGCUGUUCCGGAGCGAGGGGCCGUGGCCGAAUCGAAGGGGGCUGGACACCUUUAUGCACUACAGGAACGAGGUUCGGCCGGAUGUGUUCAAGGGGAUGGGAGGGCUGGUGAACGAGCAGGGGGAAAACUGGCAUCACUUCCGGACGAUCGUGAACCCGGUGAUGUUGCAGCCGAAGACGGUUCGGCUGUACGUGGACAAGCUGGAUGAGGUUUCCAGGGAUUUCAUGGGAAUAAUUCGUAACUUGCGUGAUGACAAGAACGAACUGCCAGGUGAUUUCAACCAGUGGUUGAACCGUUGGGCUCUUGAGAUGAUCGGAGUGCUGGCUUUGGACACGAGGUUUGGGGUUUUGGAGAAGGAUAUAUCCCAAGAUUCCAGCGAUAUGAUCAAGUACGUACGAGAGGUGUUCGAGCUGACCUAUCAGCUGGACGUGUUGCCAUCAGUCUGGAAGUACUACAAGACUCCAGCGUUUAAGCGACUGAUGAACGUUCUGGAUGAACUAACCAGAAUCAUCAUGUCCAAGGUGGACGAAGCCAUAGUCCGGAUGGAGAAGAAUCCCUCAGCGUCCAGCGACAACCAGAGUGUUUUGGAGAAACUCCUCAAAGUUGAUCGCCACGUUGCGGUCGUAAUGGCACUGGAUAUGCUGCUAGCCGGAGUGGAUACCACCGCUUCCGGAACCAUCGGAAUCCUGUACUGCUUGGCCAAAAAUCCGGACAAGCAGGCCAAACUUCGGGAAGAACUUCGCACAGUCUUGCCGAACAAAGACUCCCCGUUGACGCCGGAUAACAUGCGGAACCUUCCGUAUCUUCGAGCUUGCAUCAAGGAAUCUCUGCGAAUGUAUCCGCCAACGGCCGGGAACAUCCGUGCAGCUGGAAAGGAUCUGGUUCUUCAGGGAUAUCAGAUUCCCAAGGGGACUGACGUAGCCAUGGCCUCCGUCAUCAUGUACACCGAAGAUCAGCACUUCGCCCGCGGGUCGGAAUUCCUGCCAGAGCGCUGGCUCAAGGAAACUUCCGGUUGUCCCAGCGGAAAGGACGCGCAUCCGUUUCUGUUCCUGCCGUUCGGUUUCGGGCCACGGACCUGCAUCGGGCGGCGGCUGGCCAUGAUGGAGAUGGAGAUGGUCGUGGCGCGGGUUACACGCCAAUUCGAGUACCGCUGGAACUAUGACGAGCUGAAGAUUCUGACGGCACUGGUGAACAUUCCGUCGAACGAGCUGCGGUUCGAGAUGGUGGAGGUCGAUAGUUAGGGUUGGAAAUAAACGUUAUCUUGUUGCAA